AUGAAGACCCUCAUGACACUCUUGGCAUUAGGCGCCAUGCUGCUCUCUACCCUGGCAGAAGCUAACAGCCUCACCUCCAAGUUCACUGAAUCGUGCUCCGUCUCCAACGGCAUCCGUCGGUGCUGCCCAGGAAGCAUGAACAUGCAAGUUACAAACGGUAAACUAAGCGGCCACUGCUGCGUUCCAGUGGGUGGCUCCAAACGGGACAAUAACGACCGCGGCGAGGGGAAUAUCGGCUCGAAUGUCCAUAUUACUGUAAAAGACGAUGGUGGCAGGCCUUGUCCACGAGGCCAGGUAGCCGUACCAGUGACAGCAGAGGACUACGAUCAGCGUAUUGUCGAUUUGAGGGGCCAGAGGUGGAAACAAUUUGAACAAGGCGGUGCCCAUAACUCAAUGGGUGCUUGUAAGGCGCGUCCAGUCGCAUUUUCUGGUGUGAUGGGGUUGUUGGUUGCUGCAGGAAUGUGA